CACACAUUAUUUUUUUAUCUCUGUCUACUUAAAAUGAGUACUUCGUCAGCAUCAACAGCAGCCACAGCCGUUGCAGCAGCAGCACCAACAGAAACAGGAGCAGCAGUAGCAACAAUAGCAACAACAAAACCAAACACUGUAGCACCUAAAAAGAAAAGAAUUAUACGACGCAAGAAAUUACUUACACCUAAACAAAAGCUCAUCAAGGAGAGUGCAGAACAACGUUUCAAGAUUGAGAAAUUAGUGUUUGUAUGGCAAGAGAAACUUUUCACACAAGCAAAGACACCUGCUGCUACCGUACAACGUGCGGCAUUAUACUUACAACCAAAGACGUUUGAGGAAGUGGUGGAAGAGCGUGCGGUCCAGUCAUGGUGUGGUUAUCCCCUUUGUGGUAAUGAGCCCAAGGCUCAGGAUUUGCAAAAGUACAAGAUUUCAUUAAAGCAGCGUAAAGUCUAUGAUCAGUCCGCAUUGGCUAAUUACUGUUCAGAAGCUUGUUACCAUAAAGCGAAAUACUAUAUCAUGCAAUUGUCAGAAGAACCCGUCUGGUUUCGUGACUUGAACGCAUUACCUACGGCUCAUAUCAUUCUAUUGGAAGAGGAUUUCAAAACGGCUAUCAAGCAAGAAAGAAAACGAACACUGUUACUGAAAUCCAGUGACGAAAUUCGAAGUGAAUAUGUUCAACAUCUAUUAGCCAACGUACCCAAAGAUACAAAGGAUAAAUUCGAAAUCAUUGAGAAAUCUACCGUAGCACCACCUUCUUUACCUACCAAGGGAGAUACCGUAUUUGAUUCGAUUGAAGGCUAUCGUAUCGAGAUCAAAAAGAAUGACGGAAAGUCACCUACCACCAUGGUCCUGAAAAAGAAAUCAGAGGCAGAAAUUCAAUCGGAAAAGGCCAAAAAGAAGGCAGAAGAAGACGAGAUCAAGUUGGUUCAACAGCAACAGGCAUUGGAGGCGGCGGAUGACCCCGAUGCUAUGUUUGAAACUAUGAUGAUGUUGAAGGAUAUGCACAUGGAUCGAGAUGAGACUCCUGUACAGAAGCCGGCGUCUGCACCUCAACAACAACAGCCGGCGGAACCUGUGCCUGCGGUAGCCACGUCUAAACCAAAGCCUGUGACUACGCCCUUCGAAAAGAAGAAUACGGUAGAAAACAAGACAUCACCUGAGGAGCCUACUUCUUCGAAAAAGCUCACGUCGAAAAAGACGGUGACGGAAAACAUAAGCAAGGAAGAAGAGAACAAGGUUAUUCAAGUGAAAACAAAGACGAAAAAAGCAGCUGUCAAAAAGAAGGCUACGGUACCUGAGCUCUCCCUGUUUGGCACGAUUUGGACCAUUCUGGAUCAUAUGACGACCAAGGCCACUCGCGUCUAUCUCCAUGAAUUGCAUACCAAUCAUCGACGUGUGGACAUUGCCACUUUAUUACAGGAAAAUGAUCUCACCGAUGAUUCAGCCUAUCUCCGAGGACACAUCUUUAGUGAACGCAUCCUUGACACAUAUGGUAUUGUACGUACACAGUUGAAUAUUCGAGAGAAUAUGGAGGACGAUAUUGUGAAUGUGAUCAAGACAUUUCGAUUAUCCGACGCAUCGAUGGUCGCGUUAAACCCGGCUCAAUGUUACAUGAUGACACUGGUGUUGAUUAAAUCGUUGGCGGAUAUAUUAUUAGAUGGCUCGGAUUGGAAAAAACAAUUUGAAAUGUGUUGUAAAACCGUGGAUCAAUCUAUUGAUACAGUCGAUGCUUGUGUCCGCGUACUAAAAAUCGCUAGUGUAUAGAUUUCUUUUUUAAUAAAAAAGUUUACCGAGCAA